ACCUUUCAUGGCGAAUCUCCAGUCAUCCCAGAUUAUUGAUUUUUAUCAAAACUUUACCAAUCGUUAUCUUAUCGAUCAGAUAAAGACAAAGAAAAGGAGAAAGAGGAUAGCAAAGAGAAGCCGUCAGCCUCCCCAAGCGUGGAGGGCCAGCAGCAAGCGGCCGCGUACAUCGAAGCGUUCCAGUUCCUAGCGUGGCUGCAGCGUGAGCCACAGUCUAUGGUGUGGCUCCCCGUGCUGCACCGCCUCGCCGCUGCUGAACCAGCAAGACACCAGGCCAAGUGCAACAUCUGCAAAGACUAUCCCAUCGUCGGCUUCAGGUAUCGUUGCCUGAAGUGCUUCAAUUUCGACAUGUGCCAGAAAUGCUUCUUCAGUGGUCGUAAAGCGAAAAACCACAAGCUCACCCAUCCCAUGCAAGAGUACUGCACCGCUACGACAUCUGGCGAGGACGUCCGCGAUUUCACGCGUGCAUUACGUAAUAAAUUCAAAUCUGCGAGAUACUUCAAGAAGCACCCGCGAGUUGGAUAUCUACCAGUACAGACUGUUCUAGAAGGUAAAUUUUUGCCUUAUGGAGGUAUAACCAUUCUUCUAUGAACAAGUACUUUAAUAAAUCUCUUAACUAUACUGGAACCUUAAUAAUGCACCUGGAAUUUAAAAGCAGUGGUUCCUAAACUUUAUUUUUUCG